ACACCUUAACUGUAACUGCUGUGUACAGGCAGAAAGAUUUUUCUCUUAGCAGAGACUCAGCAUGCAUGGGAGAUGAUGAACUAAAGCAGAUCAAGAUGCAGACUGAUAUGCCUGGACAUAAGCAGGAAUUCAGACCAUGAAGUCUUACAUGCUGCACUGCCGCUGUACAAGCUAAAAUUCAAAGCCUGAGCUUUCAAGGGAGAAAAGGAACUAAAGGAAAAGGUUGUACAAUACUAAAAUGGAUACAGAUGAAGAAGCAAGAGGAAUUAUGAGCAACCAGAAUCUAAAGGCUUUCUUUGUAUUGCAGAAACUGUAGAAGGACUAGACAGAAUCAUUGUCUGACUAUCCUGUUUUUCAAGUACAUUAAUACUAUCAUGGAAUGUGUCCAAAGAAGGGCAAUGAAGCUAGGAAAGGCUCUGGAGCACAAGUCUUAUGAGGAAAAUCUGAAGGAGGUGGGGUUGUUUAGUGUGGAGAAAAGGAGCCUGUGUGGGGACCAACACUUACAACUACCUGAAAGCAUGGUUGUGGCCAGGUGGGAGUCAGUCUCUAAUCCCAGGGAAUAAGGGACAGAACUAGAGGAAAAGGGAGUUGUGCUGGGAGAGGUUUAGAUUGGAUAUUAGUAAAAAGUUUUCACUGAGAGGGUUGUCAAGCAUUGCAACAGGCUGCCCAGGGCAGUGGUGAAGUCAACAUCCCAGGAGGUAUUUAGAAAAUGUGUAGAUGUGGCAUUUGUGGAUAUGGUUUAAUGGCAGGCUUGGCAGAGUUAGGUUAUUGAUUGGACUCAAUGGUCUUAAACUUCCUUUCCAACUUAACAAUCCUGAUUCUGUGACCAAUUAACCACUUCAGUAAUCAGAAUUUGCACAGCCUUUCAAGUGCCAUGCUCUCUGAUACAUGAAACUAGGAGCUGUGCUCCAACUCACAAUGGAGCACUAACCUUGGGUAGGAGAUAUGUAAUCAGAGUGCUGAUUAUUUUCAAAAGCAGAUAUUUCUGUCUCUAUCUCCUCUAUUUCAGCAGCUGUUAAUAUCUUCUAACAAGGUUUAAGUUUAUCCCAGGCUAUUACAUCUUUUAGCAGCACCACUGUGUUAUUUGCAGCUUCUCUGUGUAAAAAAUAAUUUUUAUUUGUUGUCUUCUGUCAUAGUCGUCUAAGAGAAUUUUCUGGGGUCUCAAGAUGAUGAUAGGCAAAAUUAUUACUGAGAAACAGGAGGGAUUUUGAAUUAUAUAUUUUUCUAAUAAAAAAUUGUAAGCAAUUUUUCCAGAAACCAUGUAGUACUGCUCUAAUAAUAAGCAGUUAUAUUAUUUUAGUGGCUCACUCUAAAUUUUUACUCUUUUUAGAGCAGUAUUAUAGAAACUAGAACUGAAAACUGGUGUUAUAGAAAUUAGAGUUCUUGUCAUACAAAUAGAAAUGUACUUGCAGAUCAAAUCACUCCCUUGGUACACUUAUUUUUUAGCCUCUCCAUCAUACAACAAAAAAAGAAAUGAAAACCAGAAAAUGACCUGUGCUGCCUCAAAAUGAAAACAGCAUUUAUGACUUUUAUUAGGUAUAGUUUGCACAGUAAAUAAUGCAGAGAAAUUCUGGUUUUGUAGUUUUUUAUGUAUAAGAUUUUGCAUUGGGGACGAAUAUGAUACUGAAAACAGAGUAAAUUAAUAAAAUCAUAGAAUACCUGGAAUUGGAAGGGAGCCAGAAGGAGUCUCGAGCUCUAGCUCCUGGCCCUGCAUAGGACAGCCCCAAGAGUCACCUCACCCCACGCGCCUGUCAGAAUUCCUCUUGAGCUCUGGUGGGCUUGGGGCUGUGACCGAUUCAUUAAUGGGAUGGCAUUGGAAGAAGUUAAAGAGUGCAGUUGUACACACAGUAAAGAGUGUGUACAACUGCACAAUUAUUCAUUGGAUGACAAUGCACACAGUUACACGGUGAAAUGAGUGCAACUGCUCAACUGAGCAGCUGCAGAUGUCCAGCAGGCAGAUGAUGUACCUGUAGAAGAGAGUUGGUCAGAAAAGCACAGCAGGAGGGGAUCUGGAAGAGCUGACCAAGUUCGUCCCACCGAAGGCUGAGGGCGCAGCCACGGCAGUGUUCCAUGGCAUCCCAGCAGGGAUUACACCCACAGCUGUUGGGCAGCCAGGAAUGCCUUAACAGCACUGUGAAUGCCGUGUCUGAACCAGAACGUGCCUGGAACACUGAGGUACUGCAGUGGCUACAGUGGGUGCCAGGCAUGGAUGCUGCUGCUGCUGCUGCUGUGGGAACACCAGUGGGAUUGGAGGCGAGGAUUGCACCCACCUGGCAGGAGAUGACAGGUGGAAAUGAAUCCUGUACUGCAGGACUGACAUCUAUGUCCUACUUAACUUGCCUGACUUACAUUCUGGAAGAAUGGACUGGUGUGGAGGAUAUUGGAGAUUAUCUGAGUUAUGCAUUUUACAUUUUAUGGGUGCUGUUUCCACUUGUAGUAGUCUUUGUACUUCCAGGAGUUAUUGUCGUUCUCUUCUAUGUUUCCAUUCUCUGGCUUCAUAUUUAUAAAAGGAAGAAUGAAAUAAAGGAAGCUUAUUCCCAUGAUGUUUGGAUAGGUGCAAGAGAAAUGUUGGCAACAAUAUGGGAUGGACAUGGAAGAAUAUGGCAUGGUUAUGAGCUUCAUGGUGUCGAAAAUAUUCCUCAAGGACCAGGACUUGUUGUGUUUUAUCAUGGAGCUACUCCUGUGGACUAUAUCUAUUUCACAGCAAGACUUCAUAUAAUGAACAAGAGGCGCUGCAGCGUAGUAGCUGAUCAUUUUGUCUUUAGAGUACCAGGUUUCAGAAUACUACUUGAUGUAUUUGGAGUUAUACAUGGACCAAAAGAAGCUUGUGUCAGGACUCUGGAGCAGGGCCAUCUGUUGGCCAUUGCCCCAGGAGGACUUCGGGAAGCUCUCUUCAGCGAUGAGACGUACAAUAUUUUGUGGAGCGAUCGGAAGGGCUUUGCUCAGGUGGCCAUUGAUGCAAAAGUGCCCAUCAUUCCUAUGUUUACACAAAAUGUUCGAGAAGGCUUUAGGACAUUAGGAGGAAUAAAAAUACUUAGGUCGCUAUAUGAGCGUAUUAGAUUGCCAGUAGUUCCUCUGUACGGGGGGUUUCCUGUCAAGCUUCGUACAUUUAUUGGAGAACCCAUUCCAUAUGAACCAAAUAUGACUGCUGAGGAGCUAGCUACAAAGACAAAAGCAGCAGUCCAAGCUCUCAUAGACAAACACCAGAAAAUACCAGGAAAUAUAUUUAGGGCUUUAAUGGAACGAUUUCAAACACAAAAGAAAGACGAUUAAGGUCUUCUGAGCUUAAGCUUCUAUAACUACUAUUUAGUUAUAAUAUUCUUAAAGUCACAUUUGUAAAUUAUUCAUACUUCUAACAAUAGGUUUUAAAUACUGUCCUAAUGAUACUGCUGUAUAAUUUAAGAUAGAAGUCCCUUGGCCUUGCCCUUUCCCCUGUCCAGUAUCAAGCUCAGGAACCCAAACUUCAAAUCAUUCAUAAUGGAACAAACUUUAAUUUUUGAUAAAUGCAUUCCUACCUUGGAAGUGUCUGGGUUGUUGAUCCGGGUUUGGUUUUGGGUUUUUUUUCAAAUAAUACUGCAAGCCUUUAUGUAUAUGGUCUGUCAUCCUUUUGGUCUGUCACUGUCUCCCAUCCCCACCAUGAUGGAUCUCUAACCUGAAUGUCAAACCCUCUGCAGACCUGGAGUCUUACUGUCUUGACCCUCAUCAAUGUGAGGAGAUUUUGUGGGCCAGAUAAAUGCCAUACAACACAUAUGAAAACUGUCCUGAAAUUGUUACUCUCACACUGCUGGGAAACAGUCCACCACUUCUGGCCUGCAGAACCUCUAGUAAUGCCUGCAAAACCUGUGUUGCAAAGUGUUUCAUUUUGCUGGGUGAGCUCAGAAAAGGUUCAGAGGAGUGAAAAUUGAUUAGAGAACUACAGUGAUCAAGGAGGUUUGUUAUGGAAACCAGAAACCACUCCGAUGCUGUGAAUGAGAACCCUACAACACAACUGCAAUUCCAAGCCAAGGCAUAUUGGAUAUCCGCUCUUGAGAAGAGACCUGUCCCAUUUAUUUCUCAGUGAAUCUCCAUAUUCUCUGUUGAAACAAUGAGCCAAGCAUUCAAACAUCAAGAAGUAGAAAUGAGAAUACUGUUUAGUAAUUUAAGCUCAAAAAUCUUUGUUUUGAUGGAAAGAGAAAAUUGUUACAACACCGUAAAAGCAGUAGUUUUUUUGAAAAACAGAAUUGACAUUCCCAAAUACCCUUAAGAUUUAGUAUGUGAAUAAACUAUUAAAUAUAUUCUUCAAACAGUUAUAUAAAUAAGUUAAAUAAUGAACGAGAGGGAAGUUCUGUAUAUUUUCCUUAAGUGAAAACAAUUGAAUCAACAGGAGAGAGUUGCAAGAUUGGGCUUUUGUGCACUUAAAAAGUUAUAUUUUUUAUUUAGAUAAAGCCUAUUGUUUUAUUGUCCAUAUAGGAAAUACAUGAAAUAUUUCUUCUAUUUUCCAGGAAUUUUGAUCUACAGUUCAUAAAUUAAUAUCUGGGAAUUUUUAGUUCUGGGAUGAGUACAGAUUCCUUCAGAAAAAAAGAGGGUUUUGCUAUAUGAUGUGGUUGCCUUUCAAUGUUGGUGGGGUGUGACCUUUUCUUAAAGCAAAAUAUACCCACUCCCAAAAAGAUACCCAACAAAUAACCAACAUUUGAAGGAGCAGUUGUAUUUGAUAUAGUAGUCAUUCCUCUCACCAUUUAAGCACAUACUUUGCUUUAUGCUCUUUUAAAUGUGUAAAUUAGUGAAAUUGCAUAACUGCAUGUGGGUGAUGCCCUGUGUUAGAAAAAUAUCACUUAAUGGGGAAUUGUCUAUCAAAUGUGUUUCACAGGAAGCAAAAGGCUUACUUUAUGACAUUAUCUUAUACCAAAAACAUUUUACGUGGUGUUAAAAUUUUUAAAGCUUUGGGAAGAAUCACGUUAUGUAAAAGCAAAUGCCCAUUCUGAAGUUUAAGUGACCUGGGUUUUACUUGAAGGCAAGAUUGCAUUCCCUUUAAUUUAUUGGACUGUGUUUCAAAAAUACUGUUAAGACAGCAUGUCAUGAAAAAGGAUAAUGCUAAAUUCCUGCAUUGAAGUAUAACUUAAGUAUGAUCUUUUGUUUACUGUCCAUCUUGAGGAAAAUGUACAUCAGUCUGUGUUAUGAACAUCUCAAAGCUGAAUGUAUUUUGUGUUGAGGUUGCAUGUAUGUAAAAGAGAACUCAAUCUAAAAGGUUCUGUUAGACAUGGACAGACAUUGUUACCAGAGAUUUUGUAAAAUUUAUUUUAUUAAGUAUGUGGGCUAUUUGCUGCAGUUUUGUCCACUUAUGUAUUGAAAGAUCAGUAUAAAAAAAUGAAGGGCAGUAUUGGUAUUCUAUAAGUGUUCAUAUUUGUACAGGCCUUUCAUAUUUAUUUCUAUAUAUUAAAAAUAUAUAGAAGACACCUUUUGAAUAAAAUUGACAACUGGAACAGA